CGCCGCAAAGCUGAGCCCGACUCUGGUACUCUCGAAGCCUGGCGCAACAGGUCACCUAGUCUCUUUUUAAAGAAAGUACUGGAGCCCAACGAACAUGCUCUGUACUGGAAGAGACUCGCCGCGGAGAGCCGAAGCGUUCGGCCUCCAAUCCUCUUGCUACAGAUGAUCAUUCGCAAAACAGCGGCGCAAGAACCCGACCAGAAAUAUCUUGUCGAUCUACUUCCCUCUGUGCACGAAUGGGGGAGAGCAAUGAGUAUUGCGCGGCGAAAUGGCCACUCUUAUGAGGACUUGGCCUACUACAUGUAUAUCCUCGAAGGUAAAACGGAUGAUGUGCGAUGUGAAAGAUUUCUUGAACGCGAUUCCUUCAAGCCGCCUUUCAUUUUCCAUUUCCUUCUAAGAUCAUCGUCUCGAUUUACUAGCCUGGAGAACCUCAACCGUCUGAUUGAUUAUUGCAGCUCUUGGUAUCCAGCAGCGGCAAGCAAUGGACUAGACAAGACCAAAUCCAAAUUCUAUAUACCACCCAGGGGAGCGUUUGGAUCGGCGAAUUUCAACCUCAACAUGUCCCUGCUAGCACACCAUUGCAUUCGGCUCGACCCUAGGCUCAUCAUCAAACUCGCAGAUCUGGCCGUCCGGUAUAUCGAGGCCAUAGCGGAAUCAUCCCUGCCACAAGAAGAGAUCUAUCAAGCUCAAUGCGCUGUGUUUAAUUAUGGUCUCAAGCUACUUGGUUCAGACCACCGAAAGCGUACGGUCCAGCAGGCACUGCCUAAUUCGUUCUUUUGGGAAGCACAGAGGAUACUUCUCGCCGUGUCCUCCAAAUUGAAACGACAACUGCUUGUGGAUGCGGAGGGAUUUCGAGCCAUUAGAACAGUAUUAGCAGGCAUGCCUAAGAAUCACGUUGAGAUUCAUAGUUCUGUUAGGCACGCGUCUACGUGGCCCCCGUAUCUACGACCGGGAGACGGCAUGGACGAAGAAAUGGAUCCUGAAGACAACUGGAGGAUGUGGGAAGCCUCUAUUAGAGCUACGCGUAAUGCACACGAGGCAUGGGACAGAUUCCAAAGCCCCCCCAAAGCUGGGCUCAAGCGUGGCUUGGCGGAGUAUACUGCAAUGUUUGAAAAGCUGACGCAGAGAGAGGCAGACGAAAAUACAAGAGCUCUGCCCGGGGACCGGGCCCUGAACUUCCCUACUACACAGGAAGCCAAUCUCACUGAAUUCGAAAAAGCCAGAAUUCGCCCACCAAGCAUAUCUCAACUGUAUGAAAGGAUGCAGCUCGAUGGUAUCCGUCCUACAGGCAGCUGCCUUCAAAUUCUGGUGGCCAACACGGAAUCGAUGGAAAUGGCGCGAAGAUAUCUACAUGAUAGCGACGGAACUGGGGCCUUGUACCGUCUAAUGUCUCAGGAGAUGGAUGUACAAGCUCUAAAGAAAGUACCCAUAAGUCUCAUAUCAGCCUGUAUUCAAGUGAUGAUCCGGCAAGAGGGUAAACUAGCUAGGAAGUACAUGAUACGAGCUAUUGAACUGGCAGAGCAACGACUAGGGACCGACCGAACUCCACUGUCCGACUUCAUUUGGGGCACAAUUCUCAAACACCUAUCACAGCACCACUACGGCUUGAGGAUAGCUGUUCAUCAGCAACUCAAGCUGUCUCUUCAUAUCAUGAAGAAACUUGAUGGACCUUCUGGGAUUACGCUUCCCCAGUUUGUCCAAUUCAGCAAGACAAUGCGGAAAAUAGCCAAGCGCGAACUUGAACAGCUUUCUACGGAAAUGGAGUCAGGCUCGUUGACGAUAGAAAACCACGCCAUGUGGCCAUUAUAUGAUGAAAGGUCUAGGCAUAAGGAUGCUAUGCACUGGGACACAUUUGAUGACAAGUCAGGAGCCUUGGACUUGUUCCGUGCCUUGCGCUCUUCUGCUCUUCAAAUGAACGAGCUGUUUGACAAGCUUCUCUCGUACGAGAGAGAUUCCCGGCAGUUAUUGGGCGCGAAGAAACUGGAGCCAUUGGAAGGUAUGAUGUGGCGAAUGGACCCGGCUCGUAGCGAGCAUGCUUACGAAUACAUGCUCUCCUUGGCUUACCUGGGCGAGUUUCAGCAAAUGGCCAAGCUGCUGAGGUGGUUAAUUGAGGAGUGGGGGCAGCCCGGCAUUGUCCAAGCUCUGUCUGAGGCGGACGAACCGCCGCCAUAUGCUGACUUUGUUGAAACUCUAUGCGCCUUUCGACUCUUAGCCGAGCCGAUGCUCGAACGAGGAGAGGUGGAGUCCUUACGCGAAGCCAUUGGCACGGCCGGACUGAGUUGGUCGUGGCCUGACGAAGAGGCUGUGGAAGCUUACGCUCAAAUGCAAGAGGAUGAAUCCAUCAGUAUACUGGCGCGCGUAUUAGAGCGGGUGCGCUUAUCCUGGGCAGAUGCUGAGACGGAGGCCGGAAGGUGAAUGGCAAUAUUUAUCGGCCAGACUUUCAUAAGAGACGAGGAAUCUGUACAAUAUUUGGAACAUGAAGCAUGAGGCGAUGGCGUUUUUAAAGAAGGAACGGGCUUUCAAAGACUCUAUGAUAUGUAUAUACAGCCCGGAUGGAAAUAUCUGACGAACAGAAUAUAUAAACUGGAUUAUUACUCGCAGCUACUUGCUACAAA